ACACGAUUCAAUUCCUUUUUCAUCAUCCCACCUCUCCACUGAAUCCGAUUCCCAUUCAUUCUUCGAUCUCCACCAAUGUCUCGCCUUCUCUCUCGCCGAGGAAUCACCUCCAUUGCUCCGCGAUUCGCCGGGAAUUGGCUCUCCUCCUCCCUCUUCCUCGCUUCCAGAAGGAUACAUUCAUCUUCACCCCCUUUUGCAACUGUAGCAGCUGUGGAAAUUUCGGGUUCUCACCCUGCUGAAGUGCAGAACUUGGUGCAGGGUAAGUGGACAGGGUCUAAUAGUUGGAACUGGAUCAUUGAUCCCUUAAAUGGAGAGCGAUUUAUUAAGGUCGCCGAAGUUCAUGAGGCAGACAUUGAGCCAUUUGUGGAAAGUUUAUCCAAAUGUCCAAAAUACGGCCUCCAUAACCCACUUAGAUCACCAGAGAGAUAUGUUAUGUAUGGUGAUAUUUCCGCAAAAGCUGCCAACAUGCUUGCUCAACCAGAGGUCUCUGAUUUCUUCACAAGACUUAUUCAAAGAGUUUCUCCGAAAAGCUACAAUCAAGCAUUAGCUGAAGUAACUGUUUCUCAAAAAUUUUUGGAAAAUUUUUCUGGAGAUCAGGUGCGGUUCCUUGCACGGUCCUUUGCUGUGCCUGGCAACCAUCUUGGGCAACAAAGCCAUGGCUAUCGUUGGCCAUAUGGUCCUGUUGCUAUCGUUACUCCAUUCAAUUUUCCAUUAGAGAUUCCUCUGCUGCAGUUGAUGGGUGCGCUUUAUAUGGGCAAUAAACCAAUUCUCAAAGUUGAUAGCAAGGUAAGCAUAGUGAUGGAGCAGAUGCUUCGUUUGCUCCAUGAAUGUGGGCUGCCAAAGGAAGACACUGACUUCAUUAAUGCUGAUGGUAUAACAAUGAACAGGUUCCUCUUGAAGGCAAACCUACAAAUGACUCUCUUCACAGGAAGUUCACGUGUGGCAGAAAAAUUGGCUGCCGAUCUGAAGGGACGUGUUAAACUGGAAGAUGCAGGUUUUGACUGGAAAAUCCUUGGCCCUGAUGUACAGGAGGUUGAUUAUGUUGCGUGGGUAUGCGAUCAGGAUGCUUAUGCUUGCAGUGGACAAAAGUGCUCUGCACAGUCGAUUCUUUUUAUGCACGAGAACUGGGCUUCAAGCGGACUUAUUCCUAAAAUGAAAAAUCUAGCGGGGAGAAGGAAGCUAGAAGAUUUGACUAUUGGCCCUGUUCUUACUGUUACAACUGAAACCAUGCGGGAACACAUUGAGAAGUUGCUUGAAAUUCCUGGAGCAAAGCUGCUCUUUGGGGGCGAACCGUUGGAGAAUCAUUCUAUUCCCAAAGUCUAUGGUGCUCUGCAACCAACAGCUGUUUUUAUUCCUAUACGUGAAAUUCUUAAAGACUAUAACUUUGAGCUUGUGACUAGAGAGAUUUUUGGGCCCUUCCAGAUUAUAACUGAUUACAAACAAGAUGAACUUCAGAUGGUGUUGGAUGCUUGUGAGAGAAUGCAUGCACAUUUGACAGCUGCACUGGUUUCAAAUGAUCCGUUGUUCCUUCAGGAUGUUCUUGGGAGAUCGGUUAAUGGAACAACAUAUGCGGGAAUUAGAGCGCGAACAACUGGCGCUCCGCAAAACCACUGGUUUGGACCAGCUGGUGAUCCAAGGGGUGCAGGCAUUGGAACUCCGGAAGCAAUUAAACUUGUUUGGUCUUGCCAUAGGGAAAUCAUAUUUGACAUUGGACCUUUGCCAACGCAUUGGGAACUCCCACCUCCAACCUAAACCAUCCAAGCUGCCCUCGCUCUCUCUCUCUCACUCACUGUGAUGUUAUGGGAAAAAAUAAAGAUUUGAGGUAAGAAAAUUGAGGAAGUUUAUGGUGUAUUAAUAUAUUAUGAUACUCAACCUUGGCACGGCUCAGAGUGUUUCAAGGGACACCAUGCUACAUGUUACGCUACUUUCAUGCUAGUGGUGUUUUCCUGUGUAAAGGAUUCUAAUAAAACUUAAGGACUGAAUCGGUUUGAUUUUUGGACUCCAA